UGGGAAGGGAAGGGAAGAUUUUGCAAGAUUGCGAGAAUGGGGAAAAAAAAGUGAAUACCAGACCAGGUCGUAACUAGCUAGGUAGUAUGGCUAAAUGGCUUUCGUCAUGUUGCGCGUGUGCACGAUUCACUCCAUCGCGUUGCCAUCAGCGACGGCGAGUCAGGCAUGGAGCCCCAAAAACACGCGGUGUCACGUGAGCCGACUGUUUGAAGCCGUGGUGAAAGUAUCUCAGCGCGAGACGAUGUUUCCUGCCAUCUACCGGGAUAGUAGGGAUCGAUGUUUGGCUACGUUAUUGUCAAGGGGUCCGCUGAAACAGGGCGCACGAUCGACCGCGCAGCAUCGCGCAAAUGGUUCUGCAGCGGGCAUUUUCUUAGGACGCCGAAACACUACAGGGAUGGGGGGGAAUAUCAGGGACCCCAUAUUUGGGGGGCCUCAUGCACAGAGAGAAGAGGUGUGUGGUGUGUGGGUGCCUGUGUCCAGGUAGGGAGGCAGUGUACAGAUUACAACGGAGGGUAAUGCGGCGCGCGCAUAAGCUGUUUCUGUCAAUCAGCGUGACGUGCAUGGGGCAUCUCCAGAUCUACCCGGCAUCGCUCUGGGCGAUGAUGUACAUUACAUGGCACUACUGUACCCUCCCCCCAAUGCGCUUUCUCGG